ACAGAGAUUUGGGUUGUAUUGCUAGAGAGGUUUUUUUCUUGGGAGAGUGCGAUCAGAACUGGCCAGGGGGUCAGGGGUCAUGCAGCCCCAAGGGACAAUCAGGGAAGAAUGAAAACUCUUUCUACAAGCUUUAACCAGUGCUCUGCUGGACACUGAUAGAAGUCACAAGACUGCUCUAACUGCUGAUGAAAAAAGUAUAUAGAAAUAUAUAUUUACUAAAAUAAUUGCAUUUCCAUGUUCUGUGUACUGUGGCUGACCAGAUAUAGUGAAUACAGGGUCUGUGGGAGACCAGAUAUAG